AUGAAGCCAGCUACCUUACCUCGAGGCCUGCUGGCCGCGCGGUCAACAGACUCUCACAUCAACACGCUCAGGUGGAGAUCUCCGCUUUAUACACGUUCGGCUAUACGACACAGCUCUUCUAUCAAGUCUGGGCAUAUCCCAGUCGAAGAAAAUGAAGGUCUCAUAUAUGUCAAUAAUAUCUUCCCGCAUCGGUUACAAUGGUUGCUGCGCGGACCCCUCAGCCACAUUCAGCCCCUCGAGGGGAUCUUGAAACGAGUCAAUAAGCCUGGAGUUGCUGCAGCAGAGCCGCUCCGCAUAGUUGAGCGGGCCUUGCCCAAAGACUUGGACCUUGAGAUCAAAGAGGUCGUCACCAGGUACAAAGAAGGCGGCGCGUUCGUGAAGUAUGGGCUAAAGUCGUCCAUGACCGACGAUGGUAUCUCAACUUCGAUCAAAGAGCAUCUGCGCAAGAACCCUAUCAAUCCUUGGUUUAAUCCAUUCCAAAGAGCCGAUGCGGACGUUGUUUGUGGGACCCCGUGGAUCGAAGAUCUCUACAGAAUUCCUAGUCAGAGCCUCAAGGUGGAAUUCUUGCCAACCUCUCCGGACACUUCAGCGGCCGAGUUGACACAGGAAGCCUUGUAUUCUCUAUUCCGUCCUUAUGGCAAGAUUUUGGAUAUCCAGGCGCAGCCUUCUGAUUCAAAGGUCGAACCACGAUAUGCAACCUUGCGAUUUGAGCGACCUCGAUACGCCGUCAUGGCCAGGAAUUGCAUGCAUGGCUUUGUCGUAUCUGAAGAGGCAGGUGGUGGCAAGUCGGGUACUCGUUUCAAGAUCAACUACGAGCGCAAGAUCAAGCUCUUUAUGAUCAAAGACUGGAUUCUCAAUCACCCCAGACUAGUGAUCCCUGCCAUCGCAGCAUUGUUAGCGACGAUCACCGUCAUCAUUUUCGAUCCAAUCCGCACAUUCUUCAUCACACUCAAGGUCAAAUCAUCGUUCCAGGCUGAGGAUAAUCCAGUCGUGCAAUGGGUUCGCAGGCAAGUCAGCAAAGCCAACAUGUUCUCUUUCGGGAAGAAGAAAACCGACCCCCGAGGACUGGCCGCUAUCUGGGAAGACCGACAAAAGGACAUCGAGCAACUGCGAGCCUGGCUGACCGAGACUGCCGAGACAUUCAUUGUCAUUCACGGUCCCCGAGGCUCCGGUAAACGCGAGUUGGUCUUGGAACAGGCGCUCAAAGAACACAAGUACAAGGUUGUCAUUGACUGCAAGCAAAUCCAAGAUGCUCGAGGUGACACGGCCAAAAUCUCCCGGGCAGCUGCUCAGGUCGGUUAUCGGCCGAUCUUCUCUUGGAUGAACAGUAUCAGCAGCUUCAUUGAUCUUGCUGCGCAGGGCAUGAUUGGCACCAAAGCCGGAUUUUCUGAAACAUUGGAUGCGCAGCUGAGCAAGAUUUGGCAGAACACAGCCGUUGCCAUGAAGCGGGUGGCUCUGGAAGGCAGAAGAAAGGAAGAUAAGGAUUCCAACAUGUCCGAGGAUGAGUAUCUGGAGGCUCAUCCCGAGAAGAGACCUGUUGUGGUCAUUGACAACUUCCUCUAUGACGCAGAUGAUAGCGUUGUUCUGGACAAGCUCACCGAGUGGGCGGCUGGUUUGACGUCCGCGAACAUAGCCCACGUCGUCUUCUUGACUACGGAUUCUUCCUUUUCGAAGCCUUUGAGCAAAGCGAUGCCUAAUCAAGUGUUCCGCACCAUAGGGUUGGGUGACUGUUCACUCGAGGUGGGUCGUCGUUUCGUGUUGAGCCACCUAGACGCCGAGGCUGGGGCCGAUAAUGAAGAAAAUGCGAGACGUAAAGAGACUCUGCACGGGUUAGAUUCUUGCAUCAAGGUUCUCGGUGGGCGAGUUACCGAUCUGGAAUUUAUGGCUCAUCGUAUUGAGGCUGGCGAGAGUCCAGAAGCUGCUGUCAACCGCAUCAUCGAACAAUCGGCGUCAGAAAUUCUCAAGAUCUUUAUUCUUGGGGCAGAAUCUCCGUCAUCUCAAUACUCCCGCGAGCAGGCAUGGAACUUGAUCAAGUCUCUAGCCCAAUCCAAGGACGGCACUUUGCUGUACAACAAGGUGCUGCUUGGAGACCUCUUCAAAGACAAUGGCGAGGCCACUUUGCGUGCAUUGGAGCAGUCCGAGCUCAUCUCUAUUGGAACCGACAAAGGUUUCCCACGGUAUAUCAAGCCCGGAAAGCCGGUGUAUCGCGCUGCUUUCCAACGCCUGGUCGAAAACAAAACCCUGCAAGGCCGGCUCGAUCUCUUGAUCCUGACUCAGCUGAUUGGUAAUGAGAACGCGAGCAUCAAGAAGUAUGAGGAGGAGUUGCAGGUGCUAGGUUCAUUGCCUAAGUACCCCUGGGAGCUCACUUCACGGAUUGAGUGGCUUUUGCGUAAAGUCCAUGGAUCGCAGGCAAAGAUCCUCAAGUAUGAGAGUGACAGCGCGUCUUUGUCGAAGAUCCUGCAGAAGGAGAACUAA